GGACUCCGGCUCCCAGAAGGCCGCGCGGGCCGCGGCGGAGGCAGGUGGGCGCCAGGCCCGGGCUCUGGCGCCAGGCCGCCGAGGCAGAGAGGCGCGCUCCGGCGGGCCGGGCGGCCGGCGUCAUGACGCUCUUCCACUUCGGGAACUGUUUCGCCCUGGCCUACUUCCCCUACUUCAUCACCUACAAGUGCAGCGGCCUGUCGGAGUACAACGCCUUCUGGAAGUGCGUCCAGGCCGGGGUCACCUACCUGUUCGUGCAGCUGUGCAAGAUGCUGUUCUUGGCCACUUUCUUUCCCACCUGGGAAGGCGGCAUCUAUGACUUCAUUGGGGAGUUCAUGAAGGCCAGCGUGGACGUGGCAGACCUGAUAGGCCUAAACCUUGUCAUGUCCCGGAACGCCGGCAAGGGGGAAUACAAGAUCAUGGUUGCUGCCCUGGGCUGGGCCACCGCCGAGCUCAUUAUGUCCCGCUGCAUCCCCCUCUGGGUUGGAGCUCGGGGCAUUGAGUUUGACUGGAAAUACAUCCAGAUGAGCAUCGACUCCAACAUCAGCCUGGUCCAUUACAUCGUCGCCUCUGCCCAGGACCUUCGUCCACCUCUGUUCCCUGGGCAGCUGGACGGCACUGCUGGCCCGAGCGCUGGUGACGGGGCUGCUGGCCCUCAGCACCUUGGCCCUGUAUGUCGCCGUUGUCAACGUGCACUCCUAGGCUUGGCAUCCCAGACUCUCACAUACCUCCUCUCCAUCCCCAGGUUCAGUGAAGUAAACAGUAUUUGGAAAGUUGUUUCUGCCUCCGUUUCUCUCUCUGGAACUGUCUGCCAAUACUGUGCUCACCUGGGUCCCAGCGGCCCUCGUUUUGGUUUCGGAGCCAGGUAGACAAGCCGGGAGACU